CGCUUCAAAUCGUGUCCUGCGAGACAUGGCACCAAACUGACGCAUCCAUGGAGCGCUCCGUUCUCUCGCAACAUCCUCAACGCAAACUAACUUCUCCGUCUGAAGUAGUCUUAAUAUAGAAUACAACAAUCAGCCUCAAUAUAGCGUGCUGUCAACGUCUCCAACGAGUCGACAAUCAAUUUCUGUCGUUGUGUAACUUUGCAACAUCUCUUUCUUCUCUUCCCGUUCCCUUCGCUGUCAUAGUCUGGGUUUCCUGGAACACUUUUACCGUGAAAACGUUUCCAUGGAUGGGAUAGCUGUUGGCGGGAUGCUCGAUCCCGUCCGGGUACGAGGUCGCCCGCCACAAGUGAUGCUGAACCAGCGAAAGAUCAAAGCAAGGCGGAAAAAACGAAAGGAGUUGUUCGGUAUACAGAUGUGUUUCAUUGGGGUACUGCUAGCGCUUGUUACGGGGCUGUCAUGUUUGACAGAUAAAUCAGGUUACGACAUGUCCAGCCACGCCACUGAGGAGGAAGAGAGGUGGGGCAGUCGUCGACUACUGCAGGUCUCCUACGACAACGAGACGGAGCCCCCUUCCAAAAACUGCACUGAACCAGCACUCCAUGAAUUCCCCAGCGAUCUGUUCACCAACCAGGAGCGCACCGAGGGAGCGGUGGGCUUUCACGUCCUGUUUGCUGUGUACAUGUUCUAUGCCCUGGCGCUGGUUUGUGAUGACUACUUUGUUCCCUCACUGGAGAAGAUCUGUGAGCGUCUCCAGCUCAGUGAGGAUGUAGCGGGUGCGACCUUCAUGGCAGCUGGCAGCUCAGCUCCAGAACUCUUCACCUCUGUCAUAGGAGUGUUCAUAACUAAAGGUGAUGUGGGGGUGGGAACCAUCGUAGGCUCUGCCGUCUUCAACAUCCUCUGCAUCAUCGGAGUGUGUGGGAUCUUUGCCGGUCAGGCGGUUCGUCUUUCCCAUUGGCCUCUUCUCAGAGACUCUGUGUACUACACGCUGUCUAUUGCCGCUCUUAUUGUGUUCAUAUACGAUGAGAAGAUUGUGUGGUGGGAAGCUCUGAUAUUGGUCCUGAUGUACUUUGUGUACAUUCUGAUAAUGAAACUGAACUCGCACAUUGUACGCUAUUUGGAGAGGCACAAGAAGAACUCGUCCAGCUUAGGCAAUGGAACGGCGAGCAACGCCGACCUGGAUGACAACUGUGACGCCACGUCAGUCCUGCUGAAGAAAGGUAACUUCCACAGAAAGCCCUCAGUGCUGAUGGUGGACGAGUUGCUUUCAGCCUUCCCUCACCAGCUGUCCUUCUCUGAGGCCGGCAUGAGGAUCAUGAUCACCAGCCACUUCUCACCACGGACACGCCUCUCCAUGGCCUCACGCAUGCUCAUCACCGAGAGGCAGCGUCUGAUCAACACCCGACCCUUCACCAACGGAGACUCUGAGGCCACGGUGAAAGCGGGCGCGAAGCGGGGUGUGGAGAACGGCCUGGGCGGAGCCGAGCGGGGGGUCAACGGGAGGCGGGGUUGCCGCGGAGACGAAGGGGUGGAGCCUGGCAACGAGACGGAGAACGAGAACGAGGACAAUGAGAACAACGAGAAUGACGAAGAAGAGGAGGAGGAGGAAGGGGAGGGCCCCUUUGUCCCCUUCUCCACCCCAGCGGGUGUGUGUAACAAGUUCAAGUGGCUUCUGGCCUGGCCUCUGUGCCUGCUCCUCUACUUCACCGUGCCCAACUGUGCCUCACCGCGCUGGGAGAGGUGGUUCAUGGUCUCCUUCAUCGCCUCCACCCUCUGGAUCGCCGGCUUCUCCUACAUCAUGGUCUGGAUGGUGACCGUGAUUGGGUUCACCCUGGGCAUCCCUGACGUCAUCAUGGGCAUCACCUUCCUGGCAGCGGGCACCAGCGUCCCUGACUGCAUGGCCAGCCUCAUAGUGGCACGGCAAGGUCUUGGCGACAUGGCUGUGUCUAACUCCAUAGGCAGUAAUGUGUUUGACAUCCUGAUUGGACUGGGCCUACCUUGGGCCCUGCAGACUCUGGCGGUCAACUAUGGGUCAUACAUUAAACUGAACAGCAAAGGCCUCAUCUUCUCAGUUGGUCUCCUCUUGGCGUCUGUGUUUCUCACGGUUCUGGGGGUCCAUCUGAACAAGUGGGUCCUGAACCGACGUCUGGGACUUGCCUGCCUCCUCCUGUACUCUGUCUUCCUCUGCUUCUCCAUCCUCAUCGAGUACAACAUCUUCAUCUUCGUCAACCUGCCUACCUGCCGAGACCGCUGAGACCCCAAAUUCAAACACUUGCUCUUCCUCAUCCUGCUUUCUAUCUCAGUCUAGAACACCUGGCUCUGGUAUUCUAUCUGCUCUUUAAAAAAAUCCAUCUUUCUUUUAUGGUUAGUGCAAUAUGGAGCAGGCCUGGAGUGUAUAUUUGGUAUAUGUAUACACACAUAUAUAUAUACAGCAUAUAUUUGUGUGUGUGUGUCUGUGUGUGUGUGUAUGAUCUUGAAAAGACCUCACCAUGGAUCGGACUGUUGUAAAAAAAGAUAUUUUUGGAGGCUACAGCCUGUCUGUAAUGUGAAGAUUGUCUAUGGUUUUGGAAUUGUAGUAGAAACUGCAUUAUACUGUAUAAGUGAUCAUAUUCUUCUACAAGAUGUAUUUUCAUUAGCUGCUAACUGUCUGAGACUAUAAGGCUUUUGAGAAUAGAUAAUAGACUGGAGUACUGUUUGAUUAAUAGUUUUGGUCAUGACUUAAUAAUUUCUGGGACUUAAUAAGUUAUGGGGAAAAUUUUAAAAACUUGUUAACAUUUUAAACUUAUUACAUUUGUCAAAAUGAGGGCCAGAUUUUUUCUGACAGGUUGUGUGGUAAAGACAAACUCUGGCUCUGGCAUUUCCUACUAGUUUUGUCUUCAUAGCAAGGGCAUUAUUCCUGUCAUACACACAGAAGUAUAAAGGGUUCUCACAUUCCAGGGUGAUCCAGGUACGUUUCAUUAUGGAAAGUGAAGAAAUAUUUUUGUAUUUAGUCCUUUUGUAAAUAUUGCCAUUUAUCCUAUUUAUUAUUUAUUGAAUGUUAUUUACGCAUUUAUUUGCUUCCUAAUUUACAUUUCAAAAAACCCUGAAUGGUCAAAAUAAUGACACAGUAAGCGUUUUACGACUUUCUUUGGCAGUGUGUUUAUCUGGGGGGUGAGAGGAAUUAUAUACAGCAAAUUCCAUCUCCUCACACACUCCUAAUUCUUGUUUCUUUUCAGUUUCCAUUAUUCUAAAGGUGUAUGACUAUAUUUGUUAACAGUAGCUUGGAGUUAAAGUUUUUAGAGAACAUUUGUAAAGUACAAGCACUUAAUGAAGUCAGACCUUGUGGUUUUUGUGAAAUCAAUCACGGUUAUUUGCCAGAUUUCCUACACAGUGUGGAACUGACUUUUGAACUCUCUUUUAUCAUCAAUGUGUUGGUCGCUGUAGGCUACAACAUUUGUUUAAAUCCAAUAUCUAGUGAAGGUUAUUCACUUUUAAGAUCUUAGAGUGGUUUUAUUACAUGCGGGGUGAAAUUCACGUACUCUACAGUACUCUACUGCUACCACCUAUAAAUGGCAAAGAACUAUAGCACAAUAUUAAAAUGCUGUUUUAGUCCCAUUUCAAGUAUCCUGUUUCCAAAUGUACACUGCCAUUUUUGGAUGAUGGGCAGCAGUAUGUGUAGAAUGGACUUCCUUUUCUUGAGAUGCACAAAAAGGAAAUUAAGGGGUUUUGUGUACAGUACUGACAAGUACUAAGUGUUGAUGUUCAUAUUUAGUAGAGAUGCUAAAAAAGUAUCUAGUAAAGUAUCUUUUUUCUUAACCUCAUAGUUCUAGGUUGGCUGCCAACCUAUUGUUAUAAUAAGCGGUUAUUUGUAUUUUGUAAUGCACAUAAUGUUUAAACCUGUCCAGACUGUACAGUAGGAUGUAUUACAUAUGAACUGUUCCACUUAUGUCCUUUUUAGAGAGUAGAUCUCAUGUUGUUUGUCAACUUGCAACUUGCAGGCUAUAUUUAUUUGAGGGCAAGCCUGCCCAUUGUCUUCCAUCAGGUGGCAUCAUUCCUACAUAACAGCCGUCAUUGUAGACCACACGCUAUCUGACUCACGCUAUCUGAUGUGAGACAAACCUAGCCAGCCAGUGAAGCACCUCAACAUUAAAUGGUCCCUACGUGAUUGAAUCUCAAGACGAUUUAUCACAUUAUUUGCAAAAACGUUUUGGGAAAUGAACCAAUGACUACUUAUUUGUGUAGUAGGUUUCUGUCUCUGCCUACAAAACUUCUGUCUGUUUUGUUUUUUUCGGAAUUCUACUUUAACAUAAUUGUUUUGACUCAAAGUAAUUUUUGGGGCCCAGAAGCACAACACCAGUUGCUCUGUUGAAAAUAAUUAUUGUAGAAUGUAAGUAUUAUUGUUGCUAUUUACUUUUCCAAGGAUGUUGAAUUUUUUACGUUAUUUAUUUGUUGAGUUGAGAAGAGAUGGAGCACAGCACCAGGAAAACAGGGUUUAUUGUUGUCCAAUUAUUUAUGAUGCAAUAAUUACAAACUUUACAAUGUAAAUAUGGUUUUUAUUUUGUUUCAUAUGAUUGAAGGCACAUAUAGCAGGAUUAUAUGUGGUGCUGGUUGUAAAUUGUAGCUGCCUCUGUUGUUAAGGGAUGAUGUACCAACACCUUGGUCAAGUACCAACUAGUAAGUAACAACUUUCCCAUUGUUUUUCAAAAGCUCUAAAAUGAAUAGUUUAAACAAGACUGUUACCUACCUAUACAACAAUAUAAUUUUAAAAGCUUUGUUUGAAAAAAAAGACACAUAGUUAAAUUACCCUUUACUUGAAGCACUUAUGAUGUGUCAUACUGGGUUAGAUUUAGUAUGGUAAACAUUGGAAAGUUUGUGGACAUAUAUUGAUGUGCUCAAGUCUAAUACUAUAAUAUUUAAUAUACUAUGACAAUUCCUAAUGUUAAUUCCAUAUCUAAAAUGUCAAUAGCCAUACAAUUGUUAACAUGGUUGAAUAUUUAUUUUUGCUGUUGUUUAUUGUUUGCAUUGUACAGCUUCCUAGUUAGGGAGAAGUCCCACAAUGACUCACUAGAUUACAGCUACCUGCUUAAAAUAGUAGGCUAAAUGACUAAAUGUAAAUGUAAAAUGUACCAAAUUAUUGCCAUUUAGCAUCAGCAGGGGAGCUGAAAAAGGCAUAUCUGAAUAAUUUGUGAUAUUCACACGGUGAUAUAUUGCUUAUGUGUACAUAUAUACAUAGGUGUAAAUGUAUUUAUAUAUUUUUGUCUUAAUCUGUAUAUCUGUUGAAAAUAUUUUCAUAGAUAGGAUCCUAGCCACUCCCCAGUACGCCCCUUUUUUUGUUGUGUUUUAGAUAUUACCUUGUCCCUAUUAUACUUGCAUGGAGAUAUUUUAAUAUAAGAAAUUAUUUAUGGUAGUUCUAUCGUCAUUGAAUAAUGAAGUAUAAAGAUGGCACUGGACGUUGCAAAACUGGAUAACCUCCUAGAUCACUGCAUGUUGUUACUGAUAGGAUGUACGAUUUUGUUGAGGUACGUAAGACAACAAAGCUGAGGUGUAGGCUGACCUCCUAAAAAGGAGCAUUAGACUCAAUUAUAUAUUUGUGUUCCAGAUGUGAUUUAGAAAUAAUUUUGCUACUUGAGCAUAAAUAAAAUGAUCUUUGCUUA